CCACAACGGAAUGAUUCUGAGCCUUUGACACUUCGGUCAUGACCAAUGUGAGCCACUCUAUGUUGGUAAGGCCAUAAAGCGUUGUCUUUCUCAAGUUUUGUCCAUUGAGUCCUCUCGGUACCCAGCAACAUAGACUAAAUCACAAGGGAGGAUGGAAUACCAACUACCGACGCGUGAGGCUCACGCUUCUAACAACCCAACGGAGGACUAUAAGGUACAUCAUGCCCAGUCAUACGACCAGAGAGCGCAUUCUACAGAUCUUGCGCAACUAGGCGCAGAUUUUAGAAUUCUCCCCGUGCCUACCGAGACCGAUGACCUUGAAGCGACAUAUAUGAAGCUAGAGGAGCUAGCUCGGGUGGUCAAGCAAGGAAACAGUCUUGCACUUUUUACGGGGCUGAAACUGGCAACGCAGAAAACGAGAGACCCUGAGACUGUGGCCAAGGCCCACCUAUCACCACAAGAGCUGCAGAUGUACCAGGCCUGGAAGGAGAUGAGAGCGAUACAAGAAACUCUCGAGGAUGGCGGUAAGAUCAAAUACGAUCAAGACAGUCAACUUGUAAUGCGACUUCCGGAGUUUGACUGGGAAGAGAACGUGGCGCCUGUGCCCCAGGGCGCGCAGAGUCUGAAAAAGUUUACGCAACGGGCGGAGGCCAUGGAUAUCAUCUUUGAUCACCAAGGCGCUACACCGGAGCAUGCGUCGUGGCUUACGUCGAACAUGGCCAUUGUAUUACCUCUUGUCAAGGCCGUCACUAAGGUCUCCAACAUUGGUAAACACAUGGAGAACAUGAACAAUGAUCGUCAUACGCGCGGACUGACAGAUAUGGAGGCUGCGGAAGUCGAAACGGUACGCAAACUGGUGGCUAUUGCGGGAAAAAAUACGAAUCGAGAGAUGGAGAAGAUUCACCGAUGGACCAGAUCGAUCAAGGAGUCUAUGAUGGUUAUAAAAGCGCGUGCUGAUGCUCUGGAGACGGAGAGACUGUGAUGCACUUUGGCUAUACUCGGCCGAUUCGGAAAGAGUUUGGGAGUCAAUAAAGGGUCGGACGGAGGCAAAGGACUACAGAGCUAUGAGGGGGUUUCAAGGGUGCGUUAUAAUUAUCGUAAUUAUAUCAAAUAUCAACUUAGAUUAAACCAUUAACUACUGC